CAGACACAACUACUCACGGACGUCAUCGGGGAGGAAAACUCUCGUGUUCAGGCUCACAUCGACGACCACGAGUUCUCGGCUCACAUCCUGACGGACGAGGCCGAGUACAACGUCGAGCCUCUGUGGAGGUUCUCGGCGGCGGCGCCGGACGGCCGUCUGCUGGUCUACCGCUCCGAGGACAUCAGGAACCUGAGCCGCCUCGCGCAGCCGGCGGUCUGCGGCUACAUGACCUCCGACCCCGCCCACAUCCUGCCGGACCGGGUCACACCGGCCACGCUGGACGACCACGACCACGAAGAGUCUGUGUCCAGAGGGAAGCGUGAGGUCCUAGACCACAGCAAGAACACGUGUCCUCUGCUGCUGGUGGCCGACCAUCGCUUCUUCAAACACAUGGGCCGCGAGGAAGAGAGCACCACGCUCAACUACCUGAUCGAACUGAUUGAUCGUGUGGACGACAUUUACCGAAACACGUCGUGGGACGAUGAGUUCGUAGGUUAUGGCGUUCAGAUCCAACAGAUCAUCAUAGGGGUUCCAUUUCCAGUUCACUAUUCCUUCCUCCACCGUGUUCUUUCUUCACCAUAUUAUCGGUCGUCUCUGGUGUCUACUUGGCUUUCUAUUCCUCGUAUAUGA